AAUAAUCUUAACUCAUAUCAACUGAGAUACUCGUUUGUUAUUAUAAUUCUAGAUAGGUGAAAACAAAUAUGAAGACAUUGUUAUGCUCAACCACAUAAUUUGUUAAAAGAUAUGCAGCGCAAUGCACGAGACUACAAUGGUCGAGAUGGGGGACAGUGAAGGAGUGAUUGCUACAGAGCGGUAUGGCUCACAGGAGUCUUGGAAAUACCUGCUGAAGGAGGGAAAGGUGAAGAGACGGAAGGAUGCGGUGAACGGAGGAUUGGCGGCAAAUUCAGUCUCUGGCGUGUUUAAAAGCGUUUUCCUGCCACAGGGAUAUCCAGAGAGUGUCAGUGAAGAUUACCUACAGUAUCAGCUCUGGGACACUUUACAGGCAUUUUCCAGCUCUCUGUCUGGCACUCUCGCCACUCAGGCUUCACUCAGAGGUGUUGGGGUUGGUAAUCAAGAAGCAACAGUUGCAGCAGCUACAAUAACAUGGCUACUUAGAGAUGGAACAGGGAUGCUGGGAAGAAUACUGUUUGCCUGGCUCAAAGGGAGCAAGUUAGAUUCAGAAGCCAAAAAAUGGAGGCUCUUUGCUGAUAUUCUUAAUGAUGUGGCAAUGUUCAUUGAGAUCGCGGCCCCUCAUUUCCCUCCUUUUUACACUCUAAUCGUCUGCAUUGCUGGCAUAUUUAAGUCUAUUGUAGGAGUUGCUGGUGGAGCAACAAGAGCUGCAUUAACUGUCCAUCAAGCUCGCAGAAACAACAUGGCUGACAUCUCUGCUAAAGAUGGCAGCCAGGAAACUCUGGUGAACCUGGCAGGACUGCUGGUCAGCCUGGCUCUAAUCCCGCUUGUAACGGAUAACCCAUUGUUGACAUUCAUCCUGUUCUUCCUGUUCACUGUUCUCCACCUGUUUGCCAAUUACAAAGCUGUACGUUCGGUUGUUAUGGAAACUCUCAAUGAGGCUCGGUUGUCCAUAGUCCUGCAUCAGUACCUGCUUCACGGUCAAGUGUUCAGUCCAGCGGAGGCCAACCAGAGAGAGCCUGUGUUCUUGUCAUUUAGAAGAACAGUUCCAAUCAAGCUGGGUGUGAGGCUUGGAGACAUCAUUCACGAGCCAGGAGAUCUGCAGCUAGCUUUGAAGAACAACAGCAAACCAUAUCUCAUCGGAAUCAAAAACGGUGCUGUGUGUGUUUGUCUGGGAAGCGAUGCGUCAGUUGAUGAUGAAAUAAAGGCAGUAUGCCAGGCCUUGUGUGUCAGUGCAGUGCUACACAAUGAGUCCUCUCUGCCUGCCGUUCUCCAACAGCUCUCCAACACUAAAGACCCCUGGGCAUUAAUAUCACAAAGUCAUAAGAUGAUUGAUGAGAUUUUCCAGACUUUCCUGAAAGAACUCGGUCAGGCAAAAUGGCAGACAGACCGGACACUACUGGACUGGAACGAGUGGCGUGUGGAAUGGACCAAAAAGAGAAGUUGAAGUAAACUUAACAAUGAAAUGGGAGCGGUUUUUGUUUACUGCAGAUUUUCACUUUUAAACAUUUGUCAGUUUUAUAUGUAACACCAGGGAUUAGGCGCCAAGCUGAAAGUGUACAGAUUACUGUACAAAUAAAAACAAUUAUGAGGAUAACAGGGUCAAAACAGUUUAUAUAAGGUCAACAA